UACGAGAAUUAUCGUAUCCUUUUAAGUGUAAGUGUGUAUUUAAAACAGCCAACUUGCCCUUGUUUUAACCCAAAGGGUAAUAUAUGGAUAUAUACAUCUAAAUUAUCCGGCUGGCCUUGCGGUCUGCACGCUGACUGGACCCAACUUCACAGAUGCUAUCGACUAACAAGCUUUACAAACGGAUAUUUCUACUUUACUCAACUUCGAGACCCUAUUGCUCGAUAUAUGAGUGAGUACUAUCAUCAAAGCUUUUAUGGAGGUCACUGGCAAGACGCUCUAUUAGGUUGUAGUAACGGUAUGGCUGAAUGGUUGGACGUCAGGCCUUGCUUUCUCUCAGAAACAUGGCAAGGUGUAGGUAUAGAUGAGUUUAUAGACUGCAAGUAUAAUUUAGCCACGAAUAGAAUGACCCGGAUGUUGGCAGACCUUACAGUAGCCGACUGCUAUGUUGACUAUAUUAACAGAAAUGUAAUGCGCAAAAGAGCUUAUCUGUGGUUAGAAUCGGCGAAACAUAACUUACAACAAAUGGAAUACUUUGGAAUAAUGGAAAACAGGGAAUGGUCUGAUGCAUUGUUUUCAUCGGUAUUUCAGAUGGGAUUUAAGAAAGUACGCAAAAGUGACGUACGAAGCAAAAGCGCCGAAAUCCGUUUGACAGAAGACCAGUUUUUAAAAUUAUUAAAAUUAGUAGAACUUGAUAUCCAUUUAUAUUUGUUUGCAACAGAUUUAUUUCAAAAUCGAAUACGAAAUUUGCACAUCUAGUUCUUACAUAUAAACUUAUAACAUAGUAUUUAAAAAUUGUAGUUCAGUUACAAUAUUUCAAUAUUGAAUAUAUGUAUUGCGAUGAGUUUAUAUGAAUUCGAAUGUCUCUAUUCUUAAAUCUUCAUUUUGUUUCGUUCAUGAAAAACACUAUCAAUUUCCUAAGUUGAAUAAAUAUUUAAUGAGUUUUUUUACUUCAUUUGAACGUGGUAUCUAGUGAAGAUAUGUAGCAUUGUAACAUAGGUUUUUGGCCUAUAUUGAUAUUCAUUUUUCAUUUAUUGAAAAAUUGAGCCGCGUCAUGACAAAACCAACAUAAUGGGUUUGCGACCAGCAUGGAUCCAGACCAGCCUGCGCAUCCGCGCAGUCUAUUCAGGAUCCAUGCUGUUCGCUUACAGACCCUAUAACAAGUAAAGAAACUGCUUGCGAACAGCAUGUAUCCUGAUCAGACUGCGCGGAUGCGCAGGCUGGUCUGGAUCCAUGCUGGUCGCAAACGCAUUACGUUGGUUUUGUCAUGACGCGGCUCAAUUGCCUUUGAAAGUUUCAUAUAAAUCUAGACAAACUUGACAGAAGUUGUGAAAUGUCUUCAAAUAGUCAGUUCUACAAACAGCAUUUGAUGAUAAGAAUAGAUUUUCCAAGUAAUGUUGCUUAAUAGUUUUGUUGUAAAUGAGCACAUUCAUUUGGAAAUUACGCUACACUCGAUCAAUAAUUUAAAAUUUAACAAGAAACAUGGAAAUGCAACGAACCCAGGCUUUCAAUUUUCACCCUUGUAAGUUUUGUUAUCGUUGGAAUACAAAUACAAGCAAGGUACAAUGAACUAACUCUCAAUAUGACGUUGUAAUUAGAAAAAAAAAUUAUAACAACUAACACUGUUUUAUGUGUAAACGUGGCAAAUAUUUGAAUAACAUCUGAAGUCGUGCUGCUUGAACAUGUAUACGCGUUAUCUUGUGCAAAUAGCAAUAAAUUAUUUAUAUAGCUUGUAUUACUAUAUCAAUAUCUGUGUCCUUGCACAUCUGUGAUUCAUUAUAUAUGAUUGUAUGGACUUUCUGCAAACACAGACUUUCUUGUUCACAUUUUCACCUGGAAUAAAGUUGUAAAUUUGAUUCAAAGUAUGCUGGUUACCAGUAUAUGAAAAUAAGAUCUGAUAAAAGAUUUCUUAUUUGGCAUGUAACGUUUUAUUGAUUAACUUUAAGCAUUUAAAAGGCUAUACAUUUUGGGUCUAGUCCAAUAAUUAUUUAACUAUCUUGUCACAGACCGGGAUAUAAUUAAAGUAAACAAGAUAAUUGCCAGACCUUACAGACAGUCAUUACAGUCUGUUUUUUAUCAUUCAUCUGAAAUCAUGCCUUUCACAUGAACGCUAAACAUACAUAUCAUGUUUCGCUUAUUAGCUUAAGUUGCUUGCUAAAUGGGAAAACUAUGAUAAUAAGGUGGAAUUAAAAAAGAACCGUUCACAAUAACAGCAACGCAAAAUAUGUUAUAGAAUACUGUCAAGUUAAAGUUUGAUGAAGUCCUUCCAAAUCGUAAACUAAGGUGGAAAUUUGACACAUUUUAUAUAUUUAUUUCAGGCAUUGAUAUUUUAAUAAAAAUGCUAUUUUCCUGUGUAUCUAAUGUACAAAAAAGAACAGAUAAUUAAGUAUUAACAAAAAUAAAUUGAUCAAGCUUGCCGCAGGCACGCGACAAAUUAUUUUUAAUGCGUAUUAUUAAACAUUAACCUAUUUAAUGAUCAACAUUAUUUUUCAACCAAAAACAAAGCAUUUCUCUGGUUAGACGACUGAUUAAGUAAAUUUUGUUUAGUUAGUACACAUUACCUAAGCAGAAAUUUGAAAAAUACUGCAAUGUGAUUGUACAAAAAAUAAUGUUGAUCAUUAAAUGCACUUGAAAACCAAGUAUUUAGAAAAAACAUUAAACAAUAGGGUAAAUAUUCAGUCGGUCUCCCAGAGGGAGCCAUUUGAUCCCCUUGUUGAUUGCCGAGAUGGUCUGAGUUGUUGGAGGUAUACAUUCGUCCGGAUUACCUGAUACAUUAGGAAAGCGGUGAGAUGUUAUUCUUGCAGGUAACCGUAACAUAUUUGAUCCGUAAUUAUAACAUACACACGCCAAACAUAAUUACGAUACAUCUCGAUCUUUGUAAUUAUGUAUUUAUUAGUCGCCGGUAGAAACCGGCGACUAUAUUUGUAACAGUUUAAUAUUAUAUCUAUGGUAGGAGAAGGCCUUAAAAUCUGAAUAUAAAAACAAAUCAAUUACUGAACAAUUAAGGAUCACAAUUAUUUUUCAUAAUCUUAAAAAUUCAAAAAUAAAGUAACAUUGCUAAUUGAUAUGAAAUAUACAAAUGUUGACAUCUUAAAAAGCAACAUUACAAUUUUCAUAAAAUGAAUUAAUAACGUAUCCCUAUGGACCAGUCAUUGAAGUUAGGGAUACUUUUACUUUUUUUCUAAGUGUCAAGCGUUGCUAUUUUAUGAUUGAUAAAUCACGAAUGAUAUUUGAAAUGACACAUUUAAAUUAUUUGGUUGUUUAUAUCUUAUGAGACCUAUUAUAUUUCAUUAUUUUAUCUUAUUAUAAACAGAUUCUCCCUGUUCUAUUGUAAGAAUCACGUGACUACCCGUUGUAAUGUUUGUGUUAUAGAAUCUAUUAAUAGUAACAGAUUGCUGAUAAGACAUACUAGUUGGAAAACGGUAUGGCGGCUAAUUAGAUGCAAAUGUAUAAAUAAUUACAAAGUUAUCUUUCAUUAAUCAGUUUCAUUUUUAUAUCAUUAGAAAGGUCUGUAUACUCAUAAUUUGCACAUUAAAGAAUUAAAUAAAUUUUCAAAACCUUUUCAUUUUUUCUUGGUAAAGGGUUAAACUUGGCCCUUUCUGUCAACGUUCAAUAGUUUAGUUUAGGUUGAACAUCACAAAAUAUAUUUAUGCUAAAGAGGCACAUUUAUUGAAAUAAAUAGUGGUAAUCGUCGUCUACGUUAUAUUCCGUCAAUUUCCGUCGCGCAGGUUACCAAAACGGUAUGACGGAUCGUAUUAGAUACAUAAUAAAGAAAACUAAUAAAAUAUCUUUUUGUUAAUAUUUUAUCGAACUGAAAGGCAAUUAAACGUUUACUAUAUCGUAUGUAACGACAGGAAUAUUGAUUUCAACUAAAUAAUUUAUUUUUUCGAUAGUGCAAAAAAAAAUAUUUUUUAUGCAGAUACCACUUUUACGGUAGAAUUGCAUUGUUUCAUGCAAUAAUUAAAACAUAUAUAUUUUCAAAUAUUCGAUUCUGAAGUAUACAAAACGGAUUUCGAUGUCUGGUAUAUCGGUAUAUGUAUAAGGUAGAAUUACAAGUAGAAUUACAAGAAUAUCACUCGCCUUACAAAAUUAAUCAAAAUUAAAAUAAAAAAAAUUGAAAUAAAAAAAAAAUGCUAGAAAUGAAACACAAUUUAUCAACUUAUGUUUCAUAUAGUUAAAAGAAAUAAUAAAAAAAUAGUUUUAUGAAAACUGCAAAAGGGAUUUUCAAAGAUUCGAACUUGGCCUACUAGGGCACAACUUCGUCCUACUUACCACCUGUAGGCCAUCAAGCAAUAUUAAUUGAUUUAAUAUCUAUACUAUCAAUAAAAUCUUUAGCACAAAUCAUAAUAAGUUACGUAAACUAACGAAAUACUUGCUUAUUUAAUAAUCAUAGCAGUUCCUUGACAAUAUUGCUAAGCAAGUUUGCUUCAUAUACAUGUAUGAUGUUUUAUUGUGAAUAAACAGUUACUCAA